AUGGCGACUGCGUGGUUUUAAGGUUCGCCAGCCCCUGGCUAGCCGCCUCGCUCCGCUCGCAUUCGGACUCGUAUUAUUAUUCAUUCACAACUUUAAAAUUGGUACGAUGUCCUCAGUUCUCGUUGGCUGGUGAAUUACCACAAAGAAUCUCAGGAUUCUGUUGCCGGGACCUGCGUGCACACAAGGCUCAGGAUCGAUCUUCGGGACGAAGAAACCGGCCACGCUCAAGGCCUUCAAGCAUCUCCUCCACAUUCUGCAGCAAUAAUGGCACCGUCGGCCAUGCUCACUCUGCCGCCAGCAUCAGCUCUUCAAGAGAACAUAAAUGCGCCUAAGGUCUCCCUCGAAGCCUCCCCACACCCAGCGUAUCUCCACAAUUUAGCCUUGUCGAUAGCGCACAACCUCCAAUAUCACCAUGACUGGACCUCCCUCUCGGUUCAUACCCACUCGAGCUUGACCAACUCGCCCCUUCCGCGUCCCGUCAUAUCUGGUCUACCACCCAAAAGGGCUUAUAUCCAUCCAGACGAACAAGUCGAAAUCUUGAAGGUCGAGCACAGCACCGGCAAAGCCAUUCCGCAGGUUCCCGAAAGCGAAUGGGUGUUGCCUACCCAUCUACAAGAAAGGUGGAGCUUGGCAAAGUUCGCAGCUGUGUUCGAUGCCCUUGACACUGUACCUUCCGCCGGGAAGGAAACUUUGGCGGAAGAAGGAGCGGAAGUUGUUGGGCACCAAUGGCAAGGCAGAAACAGACAGAAGAGGCUCCUGUUAGCUACUCUUCACGAUGAUAGUACAGUGGUGUACUACAUCAUUCACGAUGGAAUCGUCAAACCGAGACAGAACUAAAUUGGCCUUGUUGGAUCAGCAAAUGGACGCAUCAAAUAUGUGACCAGGCACUGCCUUGCUUUAGCUAUUCAUGAGUCCCUGACGCAACUCUCAGUACUCGGAAUGAAAUAGAACUAAUGUUGCUUAAGCUGCUCGACCGGAACCAUUCUGGCCCUCCCCUCAAUCAGCUGUAGACCUUCUAGAAAUUUAGAAGAGGCCGGUACUUCGCCGCCUGUACUUUCCGUUCUCCAUGAUCUCUAAUCCACGGCAUUAGAGA